AUGAUAAAAUUAUCCAUUUAUUUAAUUUUAUCAAUAUUCCUAUUUUUAUUGUCACCAUCAGUCAAUGGAGCAGAGGUUAAAUUUGCACUUAUUAUGAGUGGCAAUGUGACUGAUCUUGGAUUUAAUUUCAUGGUCAAUGACGGACGUAUCCGUAUGGAACGUGAACUAAAGUUGCAAACGCCAACCAUCGCCUACUCUAUGAUCGACACUGACCAAAAGCUGAAGGAUUGUAUCGAAGAGAUCAUCGACCUCGGAUACAACUUUAUUUUCCCAAGCUCGCAGAUCCACAUGGACAUUGCCACCGCCUACGCCAACAAGACUCAGGGCAAGGGCAUCUACUGGAUGUUACGUGGCCGUGCCAAGCCAACCCUAGAGAAUGUCGUCAACGUCGGUUUCAACAGCGGUACCAUGCAGUUUUUGAUCGGUUACUUUGCAGGCCUCGAAACCAAGACUGGAAACAUUGGGUUUAUUGCACCCGGUAACCCCGUGCAAAAGGCCUUUACCUUUAACUCGUUCUACAUUGGUGCCAAGACUGCCAACCCCAACGUCAACGUCUGGUACGCCUAUACUUUGAACUGGAUGGAUCCCGAUCGUGCCCGUGGUGCCUCUCGCAAGAUGCUCGAUGAACACAACGUCGACAUGAUUGGUCAGUCGCAAGAUGACAUGUCUGUACAAGAGGAAGUCAUGGCCACCCGUCUCAACUUUGGUCUCGGAUCAACCGGUUAUUCCGAACGUCUCAUCUAUGGUGAUCAAAUGGGUAUCUCGUACCUCACCAACUGGACCGUUAUUUUAACCCGUUUCGCCGAACGUAUCCAAGAUGGAAACUGGACCAAAGACGCCUUCCAAGGAGAAUUGUCCAACGGUGCCAUCGAAUUUGACGAAAUGAGUUUCCGUGUCAAAGAUACCACCAUCACUGCUUUCAACCUUGAACGUGAAAAGCUUCGUUCCAACAUCACCUACCAACCAUACCGUUGCAACCAAGGUUACAUGACCGAAUAUGGAACUCAAUGUGUCAACAUGUCUUCUUUUUGGGGUGCCACAAUGCCAAUCACUCCACUUGAAUAUAAUCUUGGUUUAUAUACAAUUCCAGUUACCAAUGUUCCAAUUCAAGAGUCAAUUACAUUAGGUUUAUCAAUUCCAUCUGGUGUUUUCAUUCUAUUUGCUAUUGUUUCAAUUGUUGUAAUUAUACUCUUUAGAAAUGCCAAGGUUAUCAAGUCUGCCAGUCCAUUGUUUUCCGUUUUAAUUUUGAUUGGUUGUAUUCUCAUUUUUGCUGGUAUUAUUAUCUGGUCACAAAAUCCAACCACCUCACUUUGUCGUUCACGUAUUUGGUUAAUCUCUCUUGGUUACACUCUUAUGAUUGGUAAUCUUUUGAUCAAGAACUUCCGUAUCUGGUUGCUCUUUGACAAUCCCAAGCUCAAGCGUCGUAACAUUCCAAACAAAAAGUUGAUUCCAUGGUUCUUGGGUAUCCUCAUUCUCGACGCCAUCAUCCUCGCCGUCUGGAUUGCCGUUGGUGACAUCAAGGCUGUUGAACGUCUCAACAUUGAUGGUCUUGGCACUUACGAGUCUAUGAAUGCCUGUAGCUCCAGUCACGCUGGUGACGUUGUCCUCUACAUCCUCCUCAUCUUCCACGGUAUCAUGUUGUUGGUCGGUUGUUUCAUCUCUUUCAAGAUCCGUUCCGUCGACAUUAAGGAAUUCAACGAAUGUGGUCCUGUUAGUACUUGUCUUUACGCCAUUGCUUUCUGUCUUUUCAUUGUUAUUCCAUUAAUGGUAUCACCACAAUCAAUUGCCAAUCAAACCAUUAUUAUUUGUGCAUGUGGUAUAUUCACUACAUUCUCAUCGAUGGCCAUCCUUUUCUUGCCCAAGUUUGGUGAGAUGUAUACCCAAGGUCCAGCCAUCAACGAGACGUUCCGUACCAAUACCAACAGACAGGACACCUUCACCAUUGACAUUUCCCACAAUACUGUUGCCCUUGCCCAAGAAGGAGUCACCAUGGAAACCUUUACCAAGACAACCACAUCUUCCAACGAAGUUACUGACAGUACCUAA